AUGAAGGCAUUCGGCAUCGCGCAGACUAUCCUCUGCGCGUCUACUGUGGCGUCCGCGCUCUUCGCCCCUACCCCAACUACCCCCCACGAAGGGCACGAGCACGUCGCUCGCCGCCGCACGGACAAGCGAUGGUACCACGAUGAUGACCACCCGGUUCGCAGACUCUUUGUGCGCCAGGAUGGAGGCAACACGGCAGAGUAUGGGACUCCUGAAUGGGCGCACGCAUACCCUACCGGCACGCCUACCCCCGAUCAGAUCCCGCAGGACUGGCUCGACGCGCUCAAGGCCGCUCAGGACGCGGGCAAGAUCCCGGACUUCCCGCCCACCACCGUCCAGAACGACAACCCCGUCUAUCCCGAGGGCAGCGACCCCAACGGCCCAGAGAUCUGCUCAUCGUACUACAAGUGCCGCGCGGACGGCACGCUCUGGGACGCGCCCGAGGGCAAGUUCGGUGUUGGUUUCGACGAUGGCCCCUACGAUGGUACGACGAAGCUCAUGGACUUCCUCUCGGAGCAGCAGCAGGCCGCGACUCACUUCAUCAUCGGUCUCUACAUCACGUACUACCCGGAUGAGUUCAAGCGCAUCUUCGACUCGGGCGACGAUAUCGCCGUGCACACUUACACGCACCCGCACAUGUCUUCGCUUUCGAACGAGGACCUCGUCGCACAGUUUGGCUGGACGUUGCAGAUCAUCUCCGACGCUACUGGUGGCCGCAUCCCGCGCUACUGGCGCCCUCCUUACGGCGAUUCUGACAACCGCGUCUUCGCUAUCGCCAAGGAAGUCUUUGGUCUCGAGGCCAUCCUCUGGAACCAGGAUACUGAGGACUGGAGUCUGACGACUGGCGGCACCACGAUGCAGGCCAUCAACUCGUCCAUGCACGACUGGCUGACUGGUCCGAAGUCGCCGGGCCUCAUUGUUCUCGAGCACGAGCUUUCUUUGGACUCGGUGCAAGCGUUCAUGGAUGCCUAUCCCGUCAUGAAGGAGAACAACUGGGACCUCGUGUCUGUUGUUGACUUUGGCUCGUAUGACCACGUCUACCAGAACUCGGACGACAACACCGCCGAUGUCACUUCGACCUCCAUCCUCGCGCCUUACGAGACUGGCUCGGCAUCUGCCUCCGACGCUGAGUGA